UGACCUUCUUCAGCAGCAUAGCAUACAUCAUCUUCCAUUGUCAUACUCAGGCUGUAACAAAAAUGGGCGCUUUGAGAGUGUUGAUGAAGAGGUCUCUAUCCACCUCCAAACCCUACCUUACUCCCAAUCACCCAUCGCUCACCUUCGCCAUACUGCAUCAAUACCACAACCGCAGAAAUCUUUUUCUCCACCAUUCUGCUUCUGACUUCGUUAAGUUUCACAAACUCUCUGCCACUGAUUCCGGGAUUGUGGAGGUUAGCUUGGAUAGACCUGGUGCUAAAAAUGCUAUAGGGAAAGAGAUGCUGCGAGGAUUAACUCGUGCCUUUGAAUUUAUUAAUCAGGAAUCAAAUGUUAAUGUUGCCAUGAUCUGCAGUUCAGUCCCUGGCGUAUUUUGUGCUGGGGCAGAUUUAAAGGAGCGCAGAAACAUGAGUCAAUCAGAGGUUAAGGUUUUUGUGAAUUCUCUUCGCUCCGCUUUCUUAUAUUUAGAGAAGGUUUGCAUACCUACUAUUGCUGUUAUUGAAGGAGUUGCACUUGGGGGUGGACUUGAAAUGGCCCUGGCAUGUGAUAUUAGAAUAUGUGGGGAAAAUGCUCUGAUGGGUUUGCCCGAAACUGGACUCGCCAUAAUCCCUGGGGCAGGUGGAACACAACGACUACCUAGAUUGGUUGGAAACGCAAUAGCAAAGGAGAUUAUAUAUACUGGUCGAGAGAUUAAUGGCAAAGAGGCUCUGUCCUUAGGACUUGUAAAUUACUUUGUUCCUGCUGGUGAAGCCUACUCAAAGGCACUCGCAGUUGCUCGGGAAAUCAAUGCGAAGGGUCCAGUAGCUAUAAGGAUGGCUAAAAGAGCUAUCAGUGAGGGGGUUGAUACUGAUAUGAGAUCAGGUUUGGCCUUGGAAGAAGAUUGCUAUGAUCAGGUGCUGAAUACAAAAGAUAGAUUGGAAGGCUUGGCUGCGUUUGCUGAGAAGCGGAAACCAAAGUAUACUGGAGAGUGAAAGUAGUGGCUUAUCUUUGUCUUUGCCGCUACAGAGGAAUGUCUGUCAUUCUGUGAUUAGAGUAAUCUAUCUAUAGCCUUGUGACUAUAUUGCUGGGGACUGUCGCAUUCCCAAACAGCAGAAAAAAUGUAUCUAAAAUAAUGCACAUUGAAACACUACAUUCCCUAUGAAGCAAUAAUAUUCAUCCUUCAUAUUUUUAUCGGAAAAGUUUAGGGGUUAGCACUUUUUUAACAAUCUAGCCAACACUUAAUCAUCAAAAGAAAAGUGAGUGAUCUUCCACCAUUAGAUGUAAUCUCACACCAUUAAAAACACUAUUAAUGGGUAAUUGAUGGUUACAACAUGCAAAACCUACUGGCUCCCUAGCACAGCUCUUUUUUUAUCUAUCUGUCAAAAAAAAUCGGAACCUUAUGCUUAUAAAC